UAGGUACCCGUGGACGGGGACGAUAAAUGAUGAUGUUCACAAGCCACUUGAUGGCGUGAAGCUUGCGAACUAUGCCAUCGAAAAUGACCUGAUCUUCAUUAACAGAAGCUUGGGAGCAAAUGGCGCAUGGGUAGCAAAAGAAGGCACGCUCAGCUCUUUGGCUCGGUAAGGGCUUAGGAUUUCAAACCAUAAUGUUUAAAGCUGAUUGAAACCGCUCAAUGCGUAGUCCCAAAUACAACAUCUUCGCUCUGAUUAUUGGAGUAGACAAAUACGAAUCCCUGGAAUACGAGAAUCUAAAUGGUGUCUCCAGUGACGCCAAUAGAUUCGAAGCAUAUCUCCUCGAGGACCUGCAAACUCCGAAAGCAAAUAUCAUCAGCUUUCGUGAUGGACAGGUGACAAGGUCAGCUAUCAUCGACGAGUUGACAAAGAUGAAGUACAAUUCAAAUAUACAACCAGAUACGACAGCAAUCAUUAUAUAUUUUGCGGGGUACGGGGCUACAACAAUCAAGCCAGUCGAAUGGAUAGAUUGGGAAACUCCUUACAAUCAAAUUGGGAUGCUUUGUCCCACCGAUAUUGGCAUCCUAGAUAAAAACGGCAAUGUCAUCAAUGGUAUCCCAGACAGGACUAUCAACCAACUUCUUCUGGAAUUGUCAUCCGUGAAAGGCAAUAACAUUACAUUAAUACUGGAUUGUUCUCAUAUUAACUGUUCAAGUGAUCAACAAAAACCUGCUGAUAUGCCAACAGCCGAAUCCUCACAUUUGGACUUGCAUAUUCUCUUGACAACUUACAAUCGUUUCGGGCGGUUUGCCUACAAAUUGAGAGGGGAGGGACUUUUCACUCAUGCAUUGCUCAAGGUCUUGAGGGAACGGUCAAUAAAUGAACUGACAUACAAAUCAUUGGCCCAGUGUCUCUAUAUUUCAAUAGA